AGGGCGGCGGGAGCUCGGCCACGGCGGCCGGAGCGCUGCGGGGCUCGGCCAGCCUCCGUCACUCCCUCCGUCCCGCUCCAUCACCACCCCCUCCAUAACCAGCCCAGUCAUCCCUAAAUCACCACCUCCAUUACCACCUUCAUCCCCAUCCAACCCUCGGAAGGGGCACGUAAAAGCCAGGCUAAGAUUUUGGGGAGGCGUUUUCCAACUCGGCACAGACCAAACAUUUCCAGAUGUCGUCAACCCCAGGUCACUCCGGGCCGGUUGGGACGGACAUUACCUCAGUGUGGGAUGGCAAAGGUCACCUGAAACCCAUCACAUAUCACCUUCAGAAAUGCAAAUGAGCCACUUCCAAACCACCCCACCCAUUCUGAAAACAGAAUGGGCCAUAGCAGAGGAAUUAAGGAGGGAAGUAGGAAGGAUGGCUGGAAGGCAGCUAAGAGUUUUAUACAGGAGAAAGAAAACAGCAAUGGUUAAAAGCUGAGGGCAGCGCAGAGCGGAAGGGAAGCAGCAGCGCCUGAGUAAGAGCAUCUGCGCAGCUCCACAUACACACAAAAAAAAAGCAACCAAAAAAAAAAAAAAAAAAAAAGCAAAAAAAAAAAAGCAGAAGUCGUCGGGGGUAGUGAAUUAGCAGUUGUGGACUGAGAAAAUCCAUACAGGAAGCAAAACAAAAGAGAAAUCUCAGGCCACUGGGGCUAAGGACGCUGAGAGGGCGCUUCUGACAUAGAUGAAGUUGAUAAAGAAAAGUGCGAUCGCCGGGAGCUGGGACAGCCGCCCGCGGGAAGCGGGGCAGGCACCCGGAUCCACCGGCCGCUCCUCCGAUCUCAGGAAAAGAGCCAGAAGGUGCAAUUAUGCAUAAAGCAACGGCAGGAGGAAUUAAAAAGCAGAUUUCAAGAGAGGGCGGCUGCAGCUCUGCCGUGGGGCCCCUGCUCCCCUGAGACGAGAUGGCACCAGGAUGGCAGCAGGAUGGCUGAGCUUGACCCGUGUCCACCCACAUCAGUCCCCAGUCCUGCUUGGGACCAAGGGACACUGUGACCGCUCUGUCAUGGCUGAAGCCCUCGCCCACGGUGUGGGACAACUGUGGGUCCUGUGUCCCGAUCUGUUCUGGCUGGACGUGGGCAGCAGCCUGCGGUGCCUUUCGCCACAAGAUAAUUUGGAAAAUUAUGAGAAAUGGUGUUUGAGACGGCAUCUGGCCCACUGCUGCCGCCGCAGAAGUCCCUUGGGUCCCAGCCCGCAGAGCUGGGGCAGACGCGGCCAAGCAGGAACAGGAAAGGGGGGUGUUUUUCUCCCGAGCCUCCAAGAGUCCCACGCUCAGGCUCCCUCCCCACUCCUGGGAGCAGGCUGGGGCGGACACCCCCAAAUCCACGGAGAAAACAUUCUAAAAGUCAUAAAACCUAAAUACAUACAUGCAAAAAUUAAAAAAAUAAAUCCACCCCGGGAUCGCGGCGGCCGGGGCUGUUUGUGCCGCCGGCUCCGCGGGCGCGGAUGCGAUAAGAUAAAAGCAGGAACGGGGAGGGGCUGAGCGGAGCUGCGCGGAGCCGGGCGCACCCGUGGAGCCGCCGGCGAGGCCGGGCGGACGGACGGAGGGACAGACAGACACACAGACACACACAGACACACACACACACAGACAGGGUCAGUCGCACGAGCGAACGGACGGACGGACGGACCGGCCCCUCCGCUCCGCCCCCGCGCAGCCUCCGCCCCCGGCCGCGCCGCUCCGCUUUACAUAACCCGUCCGGGGCCGGGGUCCGCGCCCCGCGCCUCCGCCCGGCGGAAAUGCGGAGCCGCCUGCCCCGGUUUCCUGCCUGAGCCGAGCCGUGUUGAGCCGUGCUGAGCCGUGCGCCCCGUCCCGCCCGCCCCGUCCCGGGCGUUCCGCCGCUCCAUCAUGGGCGAGCGGCAGCCGGACGCCUUCUCCUGCAGCGCGGCCGCCUCGCUGGAGUCUCGGCAAUGAAUGGGCACUCGCUGCCGGCCGGCACGCCAGCGCAUCCCCGGGGCUGGCAUGAGUUCUGCGAGCUGCACGCCAUCAGCACCGCCAAGGAGCUGGCGCGGCACUACCUGCGCUUCGCCACCGAGCACCCGCACCAUGACCUCCUGGCCGCCGAGAACUUCUCGGUGCAGUUCACCGACCUCUUCCAGCAGUACUUCUGCCACGAGGUGAAGGAGGGCAUCGCCAUGAACCAGCUCCGCAUCCUGCCCGCCGGCCCGGCGCGGGAUUACCGGGACACGCACCGGCGGCACACCGAUGCUUCGCUGGGCACGGUGGCCGCCAAAGCCGAGGCGGAGCUCGGUGCCCGCCCCGAGCAGCCUGUCCGAGCCCCCGAGGCUGCUCCCUCUGGGCUGCGUAAGUCGUGGAGCUCGGAGGAGCUGGUGGGACCGGCACGGAGGCCCUUCUCGCUCAGCCAGCUGCGCAGGAGCUGGCGCAGCCUCUUCCGACGCCGCUCCUCGGAUGCGCUCCCCGGGGAUGGCGAGGGCGAGGCGGCGGAGGCGGCUCUCAAGCCGGGACUGGGGAAGCGCAUCCUGCCGUGGGGGCUGUCGCGGGAGCAGCCCCCCGAGAUGCGCAAGGAGGGGCUGCUCAAGUACGGGCUGCUGGAUGAGAAUUCCCUGGACAGCGGGACGCGCUGGCAGCGCUGCCGCCUGGUGCUGCGGAGAGCGGGGCCGCCCGACGCCGAGGAAUUUGUGCUGGAGCUCUUCGACCCACCCAAGGGCUCCAAGCCGAAGCUGCUCGUCGCCUGCUCCGCCGUGCAGGAGGUGAGGAGGUGUACACGCCUUGAGAUGCCCGAUAACCUCCACACCUUUGUCCUCAAGGUCACCAAUGCCACCGACAUCCUGUUUGAGGCAGGGGAUGAGCAGCAGCUCAGCUGCUGGACGGCCGAGAUCCGGGACUGUGUGCACAGGGGCAGGUCUGACACAGGUGACCCUGAGCUCCUGACGUGCCGACACCCCGACCCUGCGGCCUCCAGCCCCACCACCAGCACCGACCCCUUCAGCCAAGGGGCGACACCAGGGGGCCCGGGGGAGGCGGCGGGGCCGAAGAUGGAGCAGUUCCUCUCCUCCUGCCCCUGGUUCCAUGGGCCCAUCUCCCGUGUGAAGGCAGCUCAGCUGGUGCAGCUGGGGGGGCUGGAGGGCCACGGCGUGUUCCUGGUGCGGCAGAGCGAGACGCGCCGCGGCGAGUACGUGCUCACCUUCAACUUCCAGGGCAGAGCGAAGCACCUGCGGCUGGCGCUGACGGAGCGGGGCCAGUGCCGUGUCCAGCACCUCCGCUUCUCCUCCAUCGUGGAGAUGCUGCACCACUUCCACCGCUACCCCAUCCCGCUGGAAUGCGGCACCGCCUGCGAUGUCCGGCUCUCCAGCUACGUCGUCGUCCUGCCCCAGGCACAAGCUCCCGGCUCCAGCACCACGGUCCCACUGCCCCUGCCCUUUCCCAGCUGGAACCCCGAGUUCAGCCUCAUCCCCUCCGGCUCCUCCUGCCCACACGGCCCCGAUGAAACCCUCGGGGGUCCCCCAGCCGAGCAGAUCUUCCACCUGGUGCCACCACCGGCCGAGCUGGCACAGACCCUGCGCCCUGCCAGGGCCACCACGGCCACCGCGCCCCGGCCCCGUGACUCGGACUAUGAGGUGGAGGCACCGGGCCGGGGCCACGUCCGUGCCAUUGACAACCAGUACACACCACUCUGACCAGCACCACGCUGGCACUGGGAUGCACUUUCGGGUGGAGAAAUCCUGGAGACCUUCUGGGGGAUCCAUCGAGAGAAAGAAUGUACCUGUUUCUUCCUUCUGGUUAGGGAUUAUUAUUGUAUUUUUGCAAGGAAGGGGGUAAUUUUUCACUCCUGUACGGGUGUGCUCCCUCUCGUUGGCCUGUUAAAGGGCCUCUUAUUGUUGUUUUUGUUGUUCUUAUCAAAGCUUUCUCAUUACUGUUUACACAACGCCGCUUGUGCCUGUGCCGGGCCCGGUGUCCUGCCUGUCCCUGACAGCGCCCAGCUGAGGAACCAGGGGCUUGUGUUACACCCACGGAGUUGGAGGGAGUUAAAAAAAAAAAAAAAAAAAAAAAAAAACUAGGAUAACAAGAAGAAAAGGAUUGUAAAUUCAUUGUCAAGUUGCUGCUCCAGGCCUCGUCCUCCCACCCUGGCUGCUGAACCCACCAGCAAAGCCUGACCUGAGCUGAGCUCCCAUGAAGGGUGAUGAGCAGGGUUUGGGCUUUUUUGUUUUUAGCUAAGGCAAAAACUUGCUUUUUCUUGCUUUUCCUUUUUAACCCAGCACAGCCGUGGUCACUCCCUGGGCUAGCCAGAGGGAUCCUCAUCCUGCUCUCCCAGCUGAUUGAGACUGAACACUAAUUGCUCCAUCAUUAGCCAUGGCACCAGCUGAGAACUAACACAGAGACUGACACAAACCACUCCUGCUGGUGAGGGAGGGGUUUAUCCUGAUUUAUCCUGGUGAUGGAUGCAUUCUAUCCCGGUGAUGGAGGCUUUUUAUCCCUGUGCUGAAUGGGUUUUUAUCCUGGUGAUGGAGGUGUUUUUGUUCUGGUGAUGGAACUGUUCUAUCCUGGUGAUGGAACAGUUUUAUCCCAGUGCUGGAACCGUUUUAUCCCAGUGAUUUUAGGCACAAAUCUGAAGUCAGUUUUCCCCCUAAAGAACCCCCCUACUCUUGCUUGCCUUUCUUCCCCCCAAAACACCCUGUCACCAGGAGCUUGGUGGCAUUUUAAAGCUCCACAAUGGCCUCUUGCAGGCAAUGGGGGGCCCUGGGGACCACUCCUCACCUGGAGGAAAAACUUGUCCAAAUCCAGGGGUCCCAGCAUCCCCUAAUCCCCAACUGUCCCCAGAUUCUGCUGCUGCUCCUGAGCCCCUGGGGCUGCUUCACCUGCCUGGGGCAGCCGUGAGAGAGGAAGCACUUCUGAGAAGCUGCAGUUAUUUUAGGAAAGAGGAAGGGCUGGAACCGUUGCGCCACACAGGAGGGGAUGUUCACAGCAUUCAACUUCCAGAUUUCCCAGAGCAGCCUUCCCUGGGAUUUUGGAUGUAAAACUUGCCUUGAGAUUGCCUUGUAGAAAGCUUUUUAAUUUCUAUUUCCCUUGAAAUUGCAAUACACGUGGGAGCCCUCAGGAGCAUUAAUAUUUAGGAAUUAAUUUGAAAACAAAGCCUCGUUGGGCUGAGUUAGGGAAUUCCACAAAAAAAAUCCAGCCCCUAGGACAGGCUUUGGUGUGAGGCAGGUUCUGGGUGAGCUCGAAGUCCAAGGAGACAAAGUUAGGAGCUGAAGGGCAAGGCCAAAAUAUCUGGGGCCAAAGAGCCCAGGAAGAAGCCAUGAGAGCAAAUCUGGGUUUAUAAAUCAAAGUACGAGGCUGGGACAAACAGGAACCAUCAACUGGAGAAACCAUUUAGGUUUUCCUUCUCUGCCUCCCCGUUGCUUGCUCUUGCUCUCCCCUGGGGUUUCUGCAUUUAGAGCAGGCAAAGGCUUUUUUCCCCCCUUCUUUCUCUACACUUGUGCCUGAAACUGGAGCAUUAAGAGUAAAUUGCACUGGUCCUGCAGCACUGCCAGCCCUGGAGAGGCUGAUGGAGAAACAAAGCCAGCCCUGUCCUCACUGGGCUCCUCAGCUGUAUCCGCAUCCCAUUCUCCUCCCUGGAGCAGCACAAAGGCUGCAGCCAGAGGCAGGAGCACAUCCCCGGGGCUGGCUAGUGCCAGGCAAGGCAGCUCCUUCGAGGCUCAUAAAUAACUCCCCGUGCUCUUGCAUUUAUAGGGAUGGGGAAGGGAAGGGGGGACGGCGCAGCACAAGUUGUCGUUUCCUUUCCUUGCUCGCUGCCUGCUUCCCAAAGCCUUGGAAAACAUAGGGAUGUGCUAAAUCUUGCUAAGAUUCCUGGUUUUACUCCCACUGAGCUCCAGGCAGCUGCAUUCAAAGGGGUUUUCCCCCAGAAGGAGAGGUGGAAUCACCCGAGUCUCCCUACAUCUGCAAAGAAAGGAUGGGCUGGGAAAAGGCAGCGCUAUUCACAUCCCUUGCCAGAUGAAUCCAGAGAAAUCCUUGCCAGAUAAAUCCGAUGCUGCUGGGGUGGGUUGUUUUGGCACGCCAGGACUUUAUUGUUCCAGUGCCAGAACUGAAACAUGCGUGUGCAUGUGGUAUUUUUAACCUGCAGUUUAAUUACAAGGGGGUUCUCCACAGUUUAAAUGGAAAUUGCUGUGCUUGAUUAGUAAAAUACACGUUGGGUUCAUUAUCUCCCUGUCAGCCACUUCCCCCAUGCAAACAAACUCCAGUAGGGGAGAACUCCUGUUCUCCCCACCAGUGAGCAGUGGGAGAGUCCCUCUGAUUAUUUAAUAGUUAAUUCCAUGCCCAGAUUCACCCACAGGCAGUGAGGGCUGUCCAGCCCUCCCAGCUCCUCCAGCUCCUCAUUUCAGAUCCACUGCAGCAGGACCAGAGGGGUUUUUUGUGCUAUUUCCCAAGCUCCUGGGGGGACUGAGUUUGAAAUCCCAUUUCUCCUAGAAAACAUCUGGCUUGUGACACAGGUCAGAGCCUGACUCUGCUCCUGCCAACAUGUUACUCCAGCCCCAAGGUACUCACUCUGCGUUAUAGCAGCGGGCAAAGAGCAUUAAGCCAUUCCACUCCAUGGAAUAGAAGAAUUUUGCAGGAUUUUUAUACUCUUGUGACUUGAGAGAAGAGCUGAGGGCUGGGCAGGUUUAGUUCCCCAGCCCCUGUGGGCUUUUACUGGCAUUUAUGGGAAUUUUAGGAGGAGGGGAAGCCAAGGGGAGAGCCCCUGGCUGGCUUUGUGGAGGUGCAGCCUCCUUAGAAAUAAAGUCAGGUGCGGCCACCAGUUUGUGCCUUGGCCCUGGAGAUGGGCACAUGGAACACGAGUUUGGAUCCCACCUAACAAAGCCGUGAGCCCCAGGAGCAGCUCUUGGAGCUGGGCUGGAGGCCCUGCCUGUUGCCCCAGGAGAGCCUGGGGAUGGGAAGCCCCAUUUCAUCCAGCUACUCAGGACAGUUUUUAGCAAUAAAGAUGAAAACCAGGCAGUGCCUUUGCUCUGUGAUAACAGGGACCUGGUUUAGCGCACAAUCCAAGACUUGGGUCUCUCCAGGAUCCCUCUCCCUCCUCUUCCCCUUGCUGUUUGCUGGAACUGCUCCUGCUUGGUGGCCUUUGUGUCCCCAGGGGUGUCAGGUUCUGAAGGAGCUCCUGGAAUGAAGCAUUAUGUCUCCCUCCCUCCCUCCCACAUCCCAGCCCGUGCAACAGCACCGGCAGGUACCGAACACUGACACCACCAUUCCCCAACCAUCCCUUUGGGUUGAAGCUAACUUGGGGUGAAACCUCCAGGAAAAGUUCCAGGGAGAAGCCAAAGCUUCUCAUGCUUCAUUUGGACCACCAAACCCCGGUGUCAUGCAGCAUUCCAAACUUCUAGCUUUGAUCCAAACAGCCCAAAUAUUCCCCAGCAGUUCCCAGAGGCAGGGAGGUGACUGUGUAUUCCCUAACUCAGCCUUUAGCAGGACGAUUAAAGCCAACAAUUUUGUAUUAAUUUGAAAGUUCUACUUUUCACCUGCACAGAAAAGUUCUUCUUGUAAUUUUUUUCUAUAUAUUGUUUCUGUAUGUACUGUACAAGUAACUUAUUCUUGAAUAAUGCAAUUUUACCAUAAUAUUAAAAAAAAAAAUCUGCUCUUAAUAAACUGUUUUUAGAACUUGUUUCUCA